AUGAUUGGAAAUACAAUCAAGAGUUUUAUGUGUAAAAGGAAUUAUGGCAUUAGAUCUUAUAUCAAUGAAGCUGAUUUGCCUCCAUCAAAGCGGAAGAGAUUCGAAAAUCUCCCUGUUCGCAGCAAGAAGAAUAAAACAGAGAUGAAUAACGAUUUAACUGAACCAAAGUUGUUGGGAGUUUCAUUGAUGGAUUAUUUCUCUAUCGAGCAAUUGAAGGAUCAUAUUCGUAAUCUCAGUAAAUAUAAUCACAGAUCAACUGAAACUAUGAGUGAACGUUCUGUGACUAACAAUGUCUGCCAGUUAUGUAGCAUGGACAGUCUCGAUUUUGUUCCAACACCUAUAUAUUGUUCGUCAUGUUAUAAAUGUAUCAAGCGCAACUUGAUUUAUUAUUGGGCUGUGGAUGAAUCUGAUGGACGACACUGCUAUUGUAAUAAUUGUUUCAGGAAGUGUAGUAGUAAAAAUAAGUUUCAAAAGGCUAAAAAUAAUUAUCAAAAUGAAGAACCGUGGGUACAGUGUGAUAAGUGUGAAUGUUGGCAACAUCAAAUAUGUGGUCUUUAUAAUGCUAACGAAGAUUUAGAAGGACAAGCUAAGUACACAUGUCCAUUUUGUCGUUUAAAGGAUAUCGAAGCAGGAGAGCAUAUGCCUUUACCAGUUUCUAUCGGAGCUCAACAUCUUCCGAGAACUAUGCUUAGUGAUCACAUUGAGCAGAGACUGUUCAGGUGCCUUGAGCUAGAUAGAAACGAGAGAGCUAAAUAUGAUGAUGAGGUACCUGUUGCAGCAGAUCUAACUGUCAGAGUAGUACUGUCUGUUAACAGAAAUUUGAAAGUGAAUCAGCAAUUUCUAGAUAUUUUUCAGAAUGAUGAAUAUCCUUCGGAGUUUCAGUACAAAUCGAAGUUGAUUCUGUUAUUCCAAAAAAUUGGAGGGGUAGAUGUUUGCCUCUUCGGAAUGUAUGUACAAGAGUUUGGAUCAGAAUGUGCUCCUCCAAAUAGACGUUGCGUCUAUAUAUCAUAUCUCGAUUCAAUCAACUACUUUACACCUGAUAUUAGAACUGUGAAAGGAGAAGCUUUAAGAACUUUUGUAUACCAUGAAAUACUUAUCGGAUACAUGGAUUACUGCAAGAAACGAGGCUUUACAACUUGCUAUUUAUGGGCUUGCCCGUCGUUGAAAGGUGAAGACUACAUCUUGUAUUGCCAUCCUAAAUCUCAGAAAACACCGAAACCAGAGAAGCUCCGGUUGUGGUAUAAGUCAAUGUUAAAGAAAGCAUCUGAAGAGGGUAUCGUAGUGAGCCAUACUAAUUUAUAUGAUCAAUUUUUUGGUCUGAGUACAAGGAACAGUGCUGCUCAUUUGCCAUAUUUUAACGGAGACUAUUGGUCUGGUGCUGCAGAAGAAAUAAUUAGGAAUAUUGAGAAAGAGAACAGAGCGGAUAAAGCUAAAAAGCUAAUGACAAAGAGUACGUUAAAAGCAAUUGGAAACGACAAUGUUUAUGCAGAUGCGACUAAAGAUAUUCUAGUGAUGCAAAAGUUAGGGCAAACGAUCUUACCCGUGAAAGAAGAGUUCAUCGUUGUAAAUUUACAUUUUGUGUGCGUAAUCUGUCAACAAGUAAUAUUAUCAGAAAGUCGAUGGUCUUGUAAGCAAUGCAAAAGCUUUCAUCUUUGUACCAAGUGUGUCGCGUUGCAGAAAACACACCGUUCCAGUAGUGGAGACGAGCAUUUACUUUCUGAGAUUGUGAUGGAGGAGGACGAUAUACCUGUUAGGACCGAAGACCAUGAUGCCAUUAUUGAAAAUGACAUUUUCGAGAAUAGGCAUUCUGUUUUAAGCUUCUGUGAGAAAAAUCACUAUCAAUUUGAUUCACUUCGUCGUGCCAAGCAUUCCUCAAUGAUGAUAUUGUAUCAUCUCUACAAAAACAUUCACCUGUCCUUAGAAAAGGAACAUUUCGAGGGUCAUGGAGCAUUGAAGGUCAAAUUAAUGGGUGCACUGGUGCAUGCAUCACAAUGCUGUGCAGCUCUAAGUAAUCACUGCUCGUUCUCAGGAUGCAUCAAAGUUAAACAACUUUUUCAACAUGUAAGCCGGUGUAGUCAUAGAGUUGCAGGGGGGUGCGCACUUUGUCGCAAAAUUUGGUCCUUACUGCAUUGGCAUUCACAGACAUGUCAUGAUACCAGUUGCGUAGUUCCCCGUUGCAAGGAUAUUAAAAAGCAUGGCGUGGCCUAUAGUUAG